UUCUUUGAAAAUUUGCAAAAACAGUUUUUCAUAUAUAUGUAUAUAUACGUAAUAAGAAAAGAGCUGAUAAUAUUUGCCAAUAAUAGUGUAAAAAUCGCGUGAGAAAAGUGAAAAAUCGUGAGAUACAGUGUACAUUCCCUGCAUGUAAAGGGAGAGAAAAUAAAACGAGUAAGGGAGCGCGAUCAUGCGAAUAAAAAUAAUAAAAAAGAAAACAAAAGAAGGCGAAUGUGCCGAGAGACACGUGUAAAGAACAUGCUGCUGAUAUGCAGACACGUCGAUGGACGAUGAUAAAAGCAUUUUGACCCUUCCUUUCGGGUCAUCCUCGUGAACGCGGAAGAAAGACAUCUCAUGACUUAUGAUUUCUCUCUCCUUCUCUCUGUUUUUAAUCUAUUUAAAGAGAUAACCAAAAGUCAAAGGGUUGUUUUACGUGUUUCUCGAAUUUAUUGUUGAAUCGAAAAGAGGACAAACGUACGAUUGAGUUUGAUAUCCGACAAGCGUGAAUGCUAUUUUGCAAUUAUUCGUUAUUCACUGAAAAUGAACGAUUCAAUUUGACAUCCGAAACGUAUGAAUGCCAUUUUGUAAAAAUAUUACUUAAUAAAAUGUUUCAAUGUAAAUUCACAAAAAUUACACUUUUAAAGGCGUUCAAGUAUUGAUAUCAGUAUUUAACUAAAAAUAGUUUCUUAAACAAAACAUGCAAGUCAUCUAUGUAUGACAUGAUAAUCAUUUUUAACGCGUAACGAAUUUUAAUUUUAAUUUUCAUAAUAUACAGAAUAAAUGCAAACGGAAGACAUAACGAUCAAAAUUUAAAGAUAAACACGGUGCCAUCAGAAAUCGUAGCAUCCGACGAAGACUAGCACGCGAUCGUGCAACCGAUACGCACGCGCAUUCUAUAUUAAGCAAAGAACAAUUUCGGUGUUGAGUAAUUUUUUUUUACCAAACCUUAUUGACCGUUCGAGAUAUUUCAGCCGAUUUAAACCCUUACAAAGAUACGAGGAGACAACGAUUUGAAAUCUUUUAUCUAAUUAUUUCGGAGCAUGAAAUAAUUGAUCGAGAUAAUAAAAGAAUAAGAGGAAAUAAAAUUUAGUAGACAACGAAAGAGAAAGAAGCUAAGAAGGAGACCAAAAGAACCCCUCGGGUACACCAGCAACGAGGCCUAGUUUCUAUCUUUCGCUAUCUCCGCUAUCGAUCCAAACACGAUCGUGUCUCGGCUGGUUGACAGUGAGAGAACACAAGAGUGAGAGUAAGAGAGAGAGAGAGAGAGAGAAAGAGAGAGAGAGAGAGAGAGUAUGGUAUGCAUGUAUGUAUGUCUGUGUGUCAGAGACGAAAAUGUGCCUCGAAAGGAUAAGUAGCGUCAUUUGACCUGGCGAAAUUAACGUGUAAUUUGUCCCGCGAUAAUUUAGAAGACUCCAGAGGAUUGAAGAAAAAAAGUAGCCUACAAGAUGCGAGAAUCCAUACUCAUAGGAUUUCACGCGAUUGCCUGUUUGCAAUUCGCAUAUUCCGUUUAUUACGAUUACACGUACACCGUGGUGCCACAGAAUGUCAUGAAGGUCCACGGCGCUUUUGGUGGAAGAUUUAAAUUUCUUACGUUUUGGGACGCGAUAUUACAAGCUGUAUUCUUUUUUAUAUGUAUCGUAAAUGAUUGGUAUGGUACCAAUGCAGUUAGCCCGAAGAAGCCGCCAUUUGUACGGAAGCUAAAGGAUUACGUGUACGCGACACUUAGUUUUCCUAUGGCCAUGUUCGUUGGGAUAACGUUCUGGUCGAUAAUGUGCGUCGACCGUGAAUUGGUCUUACCAAAGGCAUUGGACCCAUAUUUCCCAUGGUGGUUGAAUCAUCUGAUGCAUACGAUGAUUAUGGUAUCGGCUGUUAUCGAGAUGCUACUAGCACCGCGAAAAUAUCCUAAACGAUCGCGUGGUCUUGCUGGCCUCCUAGCAUUUACGCUUACUUAUUUAAUCUGGAUGCACGUAAUCUAUUUCAUGAGCGGCAUUUGGGUGUAUCCAGUGAUGGAAGUACUGACGCCACCUCUGCGAAUAGUAUUCUUUGUCGUUUUAUUGGCAUUCGUAUUGAUACUCUAUUUUGCUGGAGAAAUGCUGAACAACCUCGUUUGGGGUAACGAACAAACUAAACAACACAAAUCUCAUUCCAAGUAGUCCCGCCAACUUGUCACUGGCAAGUGACUUCGAAUCAUGUUCUGCCUCCCAUCGGUGGUGGUGAAUAAAUUCUCUUUUACCGUUCA